CGUUCGUGGUGUGAGUGAAAAUUCUUUUGUGGGUUUCGGUUUUGAAGGUGGGACCAGGGAUCAGUGAGUGUUUGCCGGACCAUGGCUUCGCGAAGCGCACUGCGAGUGUUCGUAGCCAAUUUACCGUGGACAGUCGGCAAAAAGGAGCUACGUGAACACUUCUCACAGUUUGGCUAUGUGGCCUCUUCAAACGUCAUUUUUGACAAGAAGACGGGCAUGUCCAAAGGCUUUGGCUUCAUUACAUUUGGCAAUCGUGACGGCUUUAUCGGCGCCACCAAGCAGCAACAGCAUGUCCUUGAAGGUUCCACGUUAUCAGUUCGUCCUGCAACAAGCCCAUAGGCGUCGCAUCAGAGAAGCUUCCAUGUAGAUACGUUGACUGAAAUAAACUCAUUCUGAUUGUCUCUCA